AAACGAUAUCACCGCUCGUCUACAUAGCCGUCACAUUCACACCGAAGAAAUCAAGAUGUCAAGGGUGGCAGGGCGCACCGACUGGGCCGAAGAAGAGGACGAGGAUUCCCUCCAGCUCCCCCAGCAAACAAUCACCAAGAACAGGGAUGGAACUGAGACUAUAGUUUCCUGGUCGAUCCGCGAGGAUGGCAAGAAGGUCAAGACCACCCGCCGAAUCAAGAAGACCACAAUCAAAACCGUCGUGAACCCCCGCGUCGCAGAGAGGAAGCAGUGGGCCAAAUUCGGACAGGAGAAGGGAAAACCCGCCGGACCUCAGACAGAUACCACAAGUGUUGCGGAGAACAUCGUUUUCAGACCCUCGGCUAACUGGAAGGCAACAACAGAAGACAAGAGCGAGGACGCGAAGAAGAAGGCCAGCUUGAAGGACGCAAAGAUCAAGUGUCGUAUCUGUUCCGGAGACCAUUGGACCACCAAAUGUCCCUUCAAGGAUACCAUGGCACCAGAGGGUGUGGACUCAACACCUGCGGAUCUGGGUUUGGAUGCACCGGACCAGGCUGGCGCACUAGGUGGCGGUUCCUCCAGCUACGUACCUCCUCACAUGCGAGGCGCACAAGGCGGCGGCGGUGGCGAGAGGAUGGGUGGCAAAUUCGAGCGCGACGAUUUGGCUACUCUGCGUGUCACCAACGUCUCUGAUCAGACUGAGGAGCAGGAUCUUCGGGAGAUGUUCUCAAGAUUCGGUCACGUCACAAGGGUCUUCUUGGCCAAGGACAGGGAGACUGGAUUGGCAAAGGGUUUUGCCUUCGUCAGCUUUGCAGACCGUUCUGACGCAGCUACAGCGUGUGAAAAGAUGGAUGGCUAUGGAUUCCGGCAUCUCAUCUUGCGGGUCGAGUUCGCGAAGAAGUCUACGUAAUUUGCUGGCUUUGGAUAGAUCGAGUGCCUACAUGUUAAUGACCUUGCAAUGGGUUUAUGAGAUACUUUCCCUGAGGGCUGCCUGGUGUUUUUGAUCCCCAGGACGUCCAAGUGGACACUGGCGUCCACGAAUUGUGACUUCUAAAAUAUAUUGAUUCCACGUACUCCUCUACUUUCAAGGCUUUGUGAUCAUGCAGUGUUGCAAGCCCACAUUGUGUCCAAUCUCAACCUCAGUCUUGAGGCCCUGCCUGUACGAUAGCCUACCCCUCUGAUCCCAAAUUCCACUGCACACGACCAUUGCGAUGGUUGAGUAGCUGUGCCGCAGGCACAGGCC